AUGGUGAGCUAUCAUCAUGAUGAUGAAACAUUCUGGGCACCGGGAACGGUCGCCCUAGAAGACGUCCACCGCUCCGGAGAUCAGCUCGUUUUAUUCCCUACUCCCACAUCCGACCCCAAUGAUCCCCUCAACUGGUCCACUGCUCGCAAGGCCCUCAAUUUCACCCUCGUGAGCUUCUUCGUGCUAUGGACUUUCGUCCAGCUAGAUAUCGGCUUCACUGCAUGGGGUCCUAUGGAAACACAACUGGGCUUCUCCGUGGAUGAUCUCAAUAUAGGUGCCGCCGUCAACUAUGGCGGCCUGGCCAUUGGAUGCUUCUUUUUCAUUCCGCUAGUUCACAAGUAUGGCCGCCGCCCGAUCUACAUUGUCAGUUCUGCGUUGCAACUUGCUUCUUGCAUUUGGCAGGCUGAAGUUCAGACCGUUGGUGGUUUCAUUACAUCCAACAUCAUCUCGGGGUUGGGUGGUGCCAUCAGUGAAAUUGUCGUGCAGAUUACCAUUGCAGACAUGUUCUUCGUCCACCAGCACGCGACCAUGAACGGCUGGUACGUUAUCUUCCAGGCUGCUGGUGCGUUCCUUGGCCCCGUCGCCUCGGGCUACAUCGUGGACUCGCAAGGAUGGCGGUGGAUGUGGUGGUGGUGCGUGAUCUUCUUUGGAAUCACACUGGUCUGUGUUAUAUUCCUAUUCGAAGAAUCGAAAUAUGUGCCGGUCUUGGCUGGUGAAAGUGUACCACCGCAGCAAGCGACUGUGAACGAGCCGGAAGACAGCAGGAACAAAACCCCAGCAAAUAACAAGACAGCUGGUCCCGAGGUGGUCGCCAGACAAAUCGCAACGAACGCUGAAAUCCCGCCCAAGACUUACUGGCAGCGUAUGGCCUGGAUCACCCCAACGAGCGAGUCUAUCUGGCCGCAUUUCUACAUACCAAUCGUAACCCUCUUCACCUUCCCAGCAGUCGCCUACGCCGCUCUUACAUAUGGCUCGACUUUGGCCUGGUUUGCCAUCAUGACUUCCCUCCAGGCGUCAUACAUGCUGGACCCCCCAUACAAUUUCGAUGCAAUUGGCAUCGGUCUCAUGAACCUCGCACCUUUUGUCGGGGCUGUUCUUGGCUUCCCCUGUGGUGGGUGGCUGAGCGAUAAGUCCAUUCUGUGGCUUUCGAAGAAGAAUCGUGGUAUCUAUGAGCCGGAAAUGCGACUUUGGCUUGCUAUUCCUUUGGCUGUGCUUGGUCCUGCAUCAAUUUUGAUGUUUGGUCUGGGAUUGGCUUUUGGUGUUCACUGGUCUCUUAUUGCCGUUGGUUUUGGUGUCUACGGCUUCACGUUGGCCGCCCUCGCUGGUAUCUCGUUAACCUAUCUGAUGGACUGCUAUCAAGAUAUUAUUGGUGAUGCCUUGGUCGGUGUCGUCUUCAUGCGAAAUAUCAUCUCCCUCGUUGUCCUCAGCGUCCUGACUCCCUGGGUCAAUGGCAUGGGCCUGCAGAACCUCCACAUUCUCUGCGCACUUGUCGCAUUUCUCAUUUAUAUGAUCGCAGUCCCUCUUCUCAUGUGGGGGAAGAAGGCGCGGAUUACCACAGCCGCGGCGUAUAAGAAGAUGGCAGCCACUCACGUCAGCCAUCGGACAAUUUAA